AUGCUUGCUGCGUUUGGGGGCGAGCAGGGUAGCAGCGUGCAGGUCGUGGAGCCAGCCACCCCUGCAGCUGCGAGCGCUGCAGCAGCAGGCAGCCGGCAGCAGCUCGGGGGCAGCGAGGGACAGGAGCCGCAGGCGGUCGAUGCCACCGAGGCGGCGGCGGCGGCUGGGGCGGGCGCGCUGCUCCCCAGCCAGCCAGCCUGCCUGGACGCACCAAUGCACCUCAUGCGAGUGCGCAGCAUCCCCAGCUGGGCGAACGCGGGGUUCCUCGGCGCCUCCCUCUCCAGCCUGGUGUGUGGCAACAUUCGGUGGAUCCUCAUCCAGAACGCCAUGCUGGAUCUGCCAUGGCUCCUCUCGGCGUGUCCAGACCUGCACCGAGCAGAGCGCAUCUUGCUUGUCAGCCACCGCCCCUGGCUAGCGAAGAAAGCAAAAGUGGAGGAGGGGGCCAAGCCCCGGACGCUGCAGGCUAGAGAGCGGAAGCUGGCGGACGUGCGGGCCCUGGGCCUGGAGGACAGGGCGUCGGUGUACGAGCCUGCAAUUGGCGGCCACGGCACGAACCACAGCAAGUUCUUCCUGGUCGACUAUGAGCGGGGCAUGCGGGUCAUUAUCAUGUCAGCGAACGCAGUGUUCUCAGACUGCAACAACAAGACCCAGGUGCUCUUCACCCAAGACUUCCCUCGCAAAGACGAGCAGUCACCAAAGACGUCAGCAUUUGAAGGAGCCCUGGAGGCAUACAUACGGGAGCUGAGGAUGCCGUGCGGGCCCACCCUGCACUUGGUGCAGCUGAUUCGCAGCUGCGACUUCAGCGCGGCCCGCGGCCAUCUGGUGGCAUCAGUGCCCGGCAGGCACAAGGGCGCUGACCUGCACAAGUGGGGCCACAUGCGGAUGCGGGCCGUGCUCUGCCAGGAGGCCUUCCCCGCCAGGUUCAGGGGCGCCCCGCUGGCGGCGCAGAUGAGCAGCCUGGGCCUGCUGAACGAGAGGUGGCUGGUGCGGGAGUUCCGGUACAGCCUGGCUGCCGGCCUCUGCGAGGGCGGCACAGACGUGCUGGGACUGCCAGCAAACGGCCCCUUGGGGCUACAGCUGGUGUACCCGACAGUGGAGGAGGUGGACGACUAG